AUGGCCGAUCAGCUCACCGACGAUCAGAUCUCCGAGUUCAAGGAAGCUUUCAGCCUAUUCGACAAGGACGGAGAUGGUUGCAUCACGACGAAAGAGCUUGGCACAGUGAUGAGAUCACUAGGCCAGAAUCCAACAGAAGCAGAGCUUCAAGAUAUGAUUAACGAAGUUGAUGCCGAUGGUAACGGAACCAUUGAUUUUCCAGAGUUUCUUAACCUCAUGGCUCGGAAGAUGAAAGACACGGAUUCAGAGGAAGAGCUCAAAGAAGCUUUCAGGGUUUUCGAUAAGGAUCAGAACGGUUUCAUUUCGGCUGCGGAGCUGAGACAUGUGAUGACCAAUUUGGGAGAGAAGCUGAGUGAUGAAGAAGUUGAUGAGAUGAUCAAAGAAGCUGAUGUUGAUGGAGAUGGUCAGAUUAAUUAUGAAGAGUUUGUCAAAGUUAUGAUGGCAAAGAGAAGACGGAAGAGAAGUAUGACGACGAAACGUAGUAUCGCUUCUGAAUUUAAAGAAGAGAGCCGUCGCCGGAAAAGUCAUUGUUGUGUUCUCUAA